AUGAUUUUUUCUCUCAUAUUCUCUCUCUCCCUGUUUCUCCCUCUCUCCCUCUUCUUGUUUCUCCCCCUCUCCCUCUUCCUGUUUCUCACUCUCUCCCUCUCCCUGUUUCUCACUCUCUAUACUAUUUUUAAUUAUUUCUUCUCUCUCAUCCUCUCUAUCUCCUUCUCUAUUUCCUUCUCUCUCUCUUUCUCUCUCUCUCUCUUUCUCUAUUUCAACAGAUUCUUGACUCACAACUUAUCACCCCUAAAACAAUUUUUCACUCUUACACAUACUCUCACUAUCUCUCUCUCCCCUCUCUCUAUCUCCCAAUAUCUCGCUCUUUCUAUCUCUCUCCCUAUCUUUUCCUAUCUAUCUCUCCAUAUCUCCAUCUCUCCCAAUCUCUCACUCUCCCUACCUCUCUCUCCCUAUCUCCCUCUCUCUCCUUCUCUCUCCCUAUCUCCCUCUCUCUCCCCAACCUCUCGCUCUCUCUAUCUCUCUCUCCUUAUACCCCUCUCUCUCUCCCAGUCUCUCGCUCUCCCUACCUCUCUGUCGCUAUCUCCCUCUCUCUCUCCCAAUCUCUCGAUCUCCCUACUUCUCUCUCCGUAUAUCCCUCUCUCUCGCUCCCAAUCUCUCGCUUUCCCUACCUCUCUCUCCCUAUAUCCCCCUCUCUCUCCCCAAUCUCUCUCUCUAUCUAUCUCCCUAUCUCCCUCACUUUCUCCUAAUCUCUCGCUCUCCCUAUCUCUCUCCCUAACUCACUCUCCCUACCUCUCUCUCCCUAUCUCACUCUCUCUCCCCAAUCUCUCACUCUCCCUAUCUCUCUCCCUAACUCACUCCCCCUACUUAUCUCUCCCUAUCUCCCCCUAUCUCUCCCUAUCUCAUUCCCUAUCUCUUUCUCCCUAUUUCCCUAUGUCAAUCUCUAGCUCUCCCUAUCUCUCGCUCUCUCUAUCUCUCUAUCUCUCUCCCUACCUCUCUCCCUAUCUCUAUCCCUAUGUCUCUGUCUUUCCCCCUCUCUCUCUGUCUGUCUGUCUGUCUCACACUCUCUCCCUAUCUCUCUCUCUCUCGAUCAAUCGAUCGAAUUCUCUUUUUCGCUCACUCACGCACAAACACAAACUCUCUCUCCCUCUCUCUCCCUCUCUCUCUCUCUCUCUCUCUUUCUUUCUUUCUUUCUAUCUCUCUGUAGCUGUAACCUCACGCUCACAUUCUCUUUCAGUCCAGUACAGUCUCAUUCUUCCACAAAACCUCUCUCUUUAUCGAUCUCUUUUACCCUCUUCUACUCUUUCUCUUCUGGUUUCUUUCUUUUGUCGCUACUGUUUUGCCAUAUGCGUAUCACGUGGACGUUGUCCCUAUUACUCAUGUGUACGCCACAAAAAAAAAAGACCCAUCACCAGACUUGAUAAGAGGGGAAAUCAGAAUGCCAACAAACGAUUGGCGGUCUUUUUGGUUAAGCAACACGCAAGUGUCGGUCUCAGCUUGUUCAUUGUUUUCUUUUAUUUAACAUUCGCGAUUUGUGAACUUCUGCACCAUUACAAAAUUGCUGGCUGA